CUUUAAACAACCUUUUCCUCGCAGAUAACAGCAGCAGCUCUUUUUUAGAUCACUUUCUUUUUGUUUUUCGCCGUGUAACUCACUUGAGUAUUUGUUUAAUUUUCCAGAGAACCAUUUAUCAUACAGCACUUUUCUUUUUUCGUCAUUUUUUCUGUUCACGCCACAUAUAAUUAAUUUCCUGCUGCGAGAAGAUGGGGAUUACCUACAGAAUCUAUUUAGACAUGGAACAGCAUCAAUACCACAAAAUAUAUGCAUGUUCAAAAUGUAAAAGCCACCUAACUACGGCCCAACGAUUGAUAUCGAAGGAUUUUCAUGGGCUUCAUGGAAAAGCUUAUUUAUUUGAUAAAGUUGUGAAUGUGAAGGUUUCUAACGAGCAAGAAGAAAGAAUCAUGACAACAGGCAGGCAUUGUAUUAGUUUCAUCGCUUGUGCCAACUGUGAGAGGGACUUGGGAUGGAAAUAUGUAAGAGCAUAUGAGCCAGAUCAAAAGUACAAGGAAGGAAAGUAUAUCUUAGAAAAGUGCUCACUUCGAAUGCUGAAUUCUCCAAUAUCGUAAAAAAAGAAAAAGAUUUCCUUAUCAGAUAAUUCCCAAACCAUUUACACCCCAGCCAGCUGGCUGAAAUUGUAAAGAACCUCCUUUCAGCUUUUUCAAUUUGGCUUUUUUUUUUUUUCUUUCCC